AGUCCAUGAAAACCCCCAGAAUAUCUAAGGUUGCUGCACCCUGCUGCAAUGUUGCCCCGGCUGGUCUGCAUCAGUGAUUAUGAAGAGCACGCCAGAUCAGUGCUUCAAAAGUCAGUAUAUGAUUAUUACAAAUCUGGGGCAAAUGAUCAGGAGACCUUGGCUGAUAAUAUUAGAGCAUUUUCUAGGUGGAAGCUGUAUCCACGGAUGCUCCGGAAUGUUGCUGAUAUCGACCUGUCGACUUCUGUUUUAGGACAGAGGGUCAGCAUGCCAAUAUGUGUCGGGGCGACUGCCAUGCAGUGCAUGGCUCAUGUGGAUGGGGAGCUGGCCACUGUCAGAGCCUGUCAGACCAUGGGGACAGGCAUGAUGCUGAGUUCCUGGGCCACCUCCUCAAUAGAAGAAGUGGCAGAGGCUGGCCCCGAGGCACUUCGUUGGAUGCAGCUGUACAUCUACAAAGACCGUGAGGUCAGCAGGCAGCUAGUGAAGCGAGCUGAGCAGAUGGGUUACAAGGCAAUAUUUGUGACUGUGGACACCCCUUACCUGGGCAACCGCUUCGAUGAUGUGCGUAACAGAUUCAAGCUGCCACCACAACUCAGGAUGAAGAACUUUGAAACCAAUGAUUUGUCAUUUUCUCCUAAAAGGAAUUAUGGAGACAACAGUGGACUUGCUGAAUAUGUGGCACAAGCCAUAGACCCAUCUCUCAGCUGGGAUGACAUCAAAUGGCUCAGACGCUUGACAUCGCUGCCGAUUGUUGUAAAGGGCAUCUUGAGAGGCGACGAUGCUAGAGAAGCUGUGAAGCAUGGUGUGGACGGGAUCUUGGUGUCCAAUCACGGGGCGAGACAACUGGAUGGCGUGCCAGCUACUAUUGAUGCCCUGCCAGAAAUCGUCGAGGCUGUGGAAGGGAAGGUGGAAGUCUUCCUGGACGGAGGUGUAAGGAAGGGCACUGAUGUUCUCAAAGCUCUGGCCCUGGGAGCCAAGGCUGUGUUUGUGGGGAGACCCAUCAUAUGGGGCUUGGCUUUCCAGGGAGAAAAGGGUGUUCAGGAUGUCCUUGAGAUCCUGAAGGAAGAAUUCCGGCUGGCCAUGGGUCUCAGUGGGUGCCAGAAUGUGAAAGUCAUCGACAAGACAUUGGUGAGGAAAAAUCCUUUGGCCGUUUCCAAGAUCUGACAGUGCACAAUAUUUUCCCAUCUGUAUUAUUUUUUUUCCAGCAUGUAUUACUUGACAAAGAGACACUGUGCAGAGGGUGACCACAGACUGUAACUCCCCACUUCAAUACAAAGGCUGUCGUUCUUCUCCAACAAAACAGCGAUCCCUUUUCGUUCAUUGCUUUUGACUUUUCAAUGGGUGUCCUAGGAACCUUUUAGAAAGAAAUGGACUUGCAUCCUGGAAAUAUAUUAACUGUUAAAAAGAAAACAUUGAAAAUGUGUUUAGACAACGUCAUCCCCUGGCAGGCUUAAGUGCUGGGAAACAAAAGAUAUCCUCUGGUAAAAUUGGAGGUAGUGGGCUGAAGGAAAAGAUAAUGACCUCCCUGUUUAUUAACCUGUCUUAUGUUUAGAUUUCCUUAAGACAGUGCUUCUUACAGUGUGCCUGGGCUGUGAAAUGCUGGAAAUGCCCAAAGAAACAUGACGCUUGGAUCUGCCGUGUUGAGAAAACAGCACUAGGUAGAAUUGAAAUGGAUGGUGGUAAUUUGUGAUUUUUUCUAGAGACUUUUUGACUUUUAGCACCUAGGUCUCUGAAGGUGUAUUUCUAGCCAUGUAUGGAGUAUCUGAAUAUAUCUGAAUGCUGUGUGGCAGUCACCCCGUUUGAAAAGGAUAUGUCUUAUCUACUUGGGCCAUCAAGAAAUAAUUUUCAUUUUUGAACUCUGUAUACUCAUUCCCUUUUUUGAGGUAUUGAUUUCCUAGCCCCCCCUGAAUCUUUUUCAAUCCUUCUCACUUAUAACCACAUUCAGGGUCAAGUAUGUAUUUUGUGGGGUUCAUGGUGAAUAAAGAUAGGGAACUUUUGCUCAGAAGGAUGCCCCCCAAAAGCCAUUUCCUUUGACCACAAUAAUUUCCAUAAUUGUCAAUGUUGCCUUCUUGGUUUUUUCUGUUUAAUGCCAUUCUUCCUUGGACAUGGGGCAGUGGAGACACUCUACAAUGCCAACUGGAGACCCUAUGAAAUGCUUAUGGUUCUCACUUGCACCUUGCCCCAGGACUUGCACAGGGCACAACUUGACUCAGUAUACACUCCGCUUGUGCCACUGAAUGUCACUUAAAAGACACAGUUUUUGAAGGUAAAAUUGUUAGUGUUUUAAAUACAACAACCAAGUAGCAUCAAACCCUGCACAUGGAAACCCUUCUGGACACUGUGAAGGUAAUGACACAGGGCUGUUAGUUUUAGUCCCAAAGAGAGAUUUCUGCAACAGGAGGCACACUUGGCUUCUGCAGUAAUUCUGUUCAAACGUUAUGGAGUGUUGAAUGAAGUCACUGAGAAGAGACUUGCCGUCUGAAAAGAUGACUGUGAUUUCACUUUAGGAUUUUGCUUAUUGUCUUGUGAUUUUUCUCCAUUCGACUUCUGAAUCCCAGGUCACUGCUAAAUGAUAGCAGCGUGGACACAGGUUUUCCUUUUGAAAUUAUAUCUGUGUUUGAUUAAAACAAGCAAUCACUUAUUCUGAUAAAAAUGGGAAGAAUUAGCUUUCACCUUUUCUCCAGAUGUGGAGGAAACAUUAUCUCCAUAUUGUACCAUGCUGUCCUUUCUAGUUAAUCAGUGAAGAAGUAUUCCCUACUGAUUAGCAAAUAUUUUUUUUUGCUGUUAGUGUACAAUAUGCAUUGUGGCUGCAUUGCUGGGGAUGCCAUCCAAAAAUGCUGAUAGUAGUUCAGGAAGUGAAGUUCCAUAAAAAAAAAUUAUUCAAGUUACAAGAAGAAUGGAUGUAGAUGCGUAGAUUUCCUGUAACUUUUUGUAAGCUCAGAACUAUGCUAUGUGGAUUUCUCUUCAUGUCUUCAGAGAUAGACUAUGUCCCCAAACCCCAGGUUGGGUAAAUUUUCUAUAACCAAAAAGAUACAGUGGUUUGGAUCCGUUGGAAACAAAUAAGGGUACAGGAAUGGUUGAGGCAGGAAUGGAGAGGGUUGAUUAUACAUUACUUUCCGGGAGUUCUGCCAUUAAACUUUGUGAUUGUC